CUCAUGAGAAACACAGACUGAUUUUUCUGAAGUUGUUGAAGCUGGUGUGAGUGGAGGGUAAUUUUUUUAGCUCUGUGAAGGUACUGGAUAUUUGAAAUGCUGAAAAGGAAACUACGGUUUUGCCACAACUCACUCUUCAGGCUUUUCUUGGGGCUAACUCUUAUUCUAGUAAUAAUUUCAGUUUUGAAAGUUAACCAGAAACCAGACUUCCUAAAUCGGAGGCAUCUGGAGCUGACUAAUGAAGAUCCUUUUAGCAGUAUUAGCUGCGCGAAAAUAUUGGAGGGUGAUAUAGAAGAAAUUCAAAAGGUAAAGCUUGAGACAUUGUCAGUGUCAUUUAAGAAACGCCCCAGACUAACAACAAAUGACUAUAUUAACAUGACCACAGACUGUGCCUCCUUUACCAAGACUAGGAAAUAUAUUAUGGAACCUCUCAGCAAUGAAGAAGCAGAAUUUCCAAUUGCUUACUCAAUAGUGGUUUAUCACAAAAUUGAGAUGCUUGAUAGACUUCUAAGGUCAAUCUAUGCUCCUCAGAAUUUUUACUGCAUUCAUGUUGACAAAAAGUCUCCAGAAUCCUUUUUUGCUGCUGUGAAGGGAAUAGUUUCAUGUUUUGAUAAUGUCUUUAUUUCCAGCCAAUUAGAAAGUGUUGUAUAUGCUUCAUGGAGCAGAGUGCAGGCAGACAUUAACUGCAUGAAAGAUCUCUACAGAACAAGUACGAAGUGGAAAUACUUAAUAAACCUGUGUGGCAUGGACUUUCCCAUUAAGACCAACCAGGAAAUAGUAGAGAGGCUGAAAGCACUUAAAGGUGAAAACAGCUUGGAAACAGAAAAAAUGCCUCUCUCUAAAGAAGUAAGAUGGAAAAAGCACCAUGAGAUUAUUGAUGGUAAAGUAAAGAACACAGGCAUAGAUAAACAACGACCACCUCUCAAUACUCCAAUUUUUUCUGGUAGUGCCUAUUUUAUUGUUAGCAGAAGAUUUGUAGAACAUGUGUUAGAAAACAGCAAAAUCCUUUCAUUUAUUGAGUGGGCAAAAGACACUUACAGCCCUGACGAGUACCUGUGGGCAACAAUUCAGAGAAUCCCUGAAGUCCCAGGUGCAGUUUCUUCGAGUAAUAAAUUUGAUGUUUCUGACAUGAAUGCUCUGGCCAGGUUUGUGAAGUGGCAGUACUUCGAAGGUGAUGUGUCCAAAGGUGCACCCUACCCACCCUGCAGUGGGAUUCACGUUCGCUCUGUCUGCGUUUUUGGAGCAGGAGACUUGAACUGGAUGCUGCGAAACCACCACUUCUUUGCUAAUAAGUUUGAUACUGAUGUUGACCCUUUUGCUGUGAAAUGCUUGGAAGAGUAUUUGCGACACAAAGCUUUGUACGAGCAGAAGAACUGAAAUACCCAUGUUACGUUUUAUAAAAAACAGGUACAAAUAAGAUACAGCUAUAUACUUUAAUGUGUAUGGUGGUGGUGCUGACGUGCAUCACAUUGGUGUGGUGAUGAGACCCUGCCUCACAGGGAGGUCCACAGACAAGGGGAAGAGACAACCUGUCUCAAAGAAAGGCAAGGAUGCCUCACGUUGCAUGUUGAGCCUUGGAACUUUGAGUAGAAACUAUGGGAUUAGGUUAAAGAUAGCAAUUUUUGGAAGCCCAAAUAUUUGGCAUAUUUAUUGUUAUCUAAAAAGUGUAAUUAAUGGGCUUCUUUCAGCUAAACCAUUUGUUUGAAAACCUGGAAAAUAUAUAUUAUAUAUGGUUGCUUUCCAUGACUAUAAUACUAACUGAAAGGGAAAAUGGAGAGAAAAAGGGAAAAGAAGCAGCUGGACUGCACAAAGUUCAUGUUGAGAUAUUGAAAGAUCUCAGGAAAUUCACAUUGGAAUUUGUUUUAAAACUGAACAAAAGGGAAUAUACCAAAGCCAGUUGUCAUCACUUGAUGUAAAUUUGAUUGCUGCAGUUCUGUAAUACAUUAUUUUGAAUUCUCCCAGAAAUUUCUUCUUCUGCUUGAAGUAUUAAGGACUUGUGUUCAAAUAUUUUUGUAGCAAAAUCUUGCCUUUGUACACUUAAAUUCUCCCUGAUUAUGUGAUAAAAAGUUUAUAAAUUAGUUUGUAAUGUGUGUCUUCUCAGGGAAACUUCAGUUCUGUGCCUGAUGAGAGUUAGAAUUAUAAUUUUACACUAAUUACUGUAUCAGGAUUCUUGGUUUCUGGUACAAGGCGACUCUUAAGUUUCUCAAAACUUAAAAGAAGAAUUGCAGCAGUGUCCAAAUGUUACUGACAGAACUGCUGAUCCCUGCUGUCUGUCAAGCUCAACUUGCAUUCCAGAUUCUUUUAAC